ACAGACAGAAAGCAGGCAAAGAUUUCUGUAGAACUGCAGCUGUUGACAGUAAAAAACAACUCUGUCAGUGUUAGCAUUAAAGAACAGAGAAUCGUGAAAAGGUUUAUAGUUUAUUCUUUUCCAUAUAUAUGAAACAGCCAUCGCAGUCUUGCUGUGUACUCUUCAUUUUGGUUGUCUGUCAAACCUCCUUCUAGCCCUAGUUCACAAUGUCGGUGAUGGCAGCCCCUGGGAUUACCCCAGCAGAGGACGAGAGAAAGCCAAACACUACAGUGGUGGGUGGGAGCAAACCACUGCAUCGUUUCAUUAGAGGAGAACCUAAGACUAUUGGGGUGGUGAUGCUAUUCUUGGGGGGGUCACUGUUUAUUUUUGGCAUUCCCAUGAAGAUGGAUCCUGUGCAGACCUCUUCUGAUUACUUCUGCUCCUUCUGGCUUGGGACCCUGUUCAUCAUCUGUGGUACUCUAUAUGUCCUUGCUGAGCACACCCCCACUAAAAAGUUGGUAACAGCAAGUAUGGCUCUCAGCAUUGUCUCUAUAUUGGGGGUGGUACUGGCUUUCUUUGAAUUCAUCAAAGGCAUGGUCCAUGCCCAAAUUCCACUGCUUCAUCUUUCCUACAGUCACAAAUAUGGCAACGUCACUGAGGAAGAGAAUAUUGCGCUAAGAUCACAUAUGAUGCAGUUGUAUGGAAUGGAGGGUGUUUUCAUGUUCCACUGCUUAGCAGGGGGCGUACUGCUAAUAGUAAUGACAGCAUUCGCCAGGACUGCAUUGCAAUCCACUAAAACACAGGCAAUUGUUGUGAUGCACAACCUUCCAUCGGAAUAAGUGAAGAAAACCAACCAUAGCCUCCCUUAAUAUCUCACUGCCCAUCCUCUCUUCUUCUCCUGCAAUGAAAUGCACCUGAAGGAGUGACUGAAUCAUAUAAAUGCACACGAAAGAGGAUGAAAUAAGGACUUCAGCAUGAUAUUAACAUUAUUAUAAUGUGAAUAUAUUCAUAAAUGCGUACACGUAUGUAAAGGUAUAUAGAAGUAUACUUAAACAGACUUGACUUAAUGUUUACAUUUCAUAGAGAUAGAUAAAAAGUCAUUUCCAAUGCAAAUUGUAAUAAUUGUAUGCACACUAUAUGCAUUUCAAUGAGGAAAUUUAGACUGUUUGUGGAGUAUUGCAUGAAAAUACACAUGCAAAUUACUCUCCUUUUGCACAGAAUAAAUACUCAAAUCUGAAUGUUUCCAUAUAAAGACCUUAAGGAGUUGCUGUACACUGAUGGAUGGUUUGUGCAGUAAAAAACAGCCAUUGAUGAAUAUCUAUAAGUUAGAAAUUAAAAUCAAAGGACUUUGUGUAGUGCACAAAGAGUGUUUGUUUGCUCUUUCAGAGAGGAUCAUGAAAAUGGUAACAGAAGAAUAUGUCUCCUCAGGCUUUAUUCUGCCUCUGAUACACACAGAUACAGUACCUGACCAAUAUAAAAAAACAGUAAGCAUGAAUCCAAAACCCCCAUGACGUAGUGUCUGUUGUUGACUUACUUUUUUAUAGUUCAAAUUAAUGAAACAAUUAAUUUUAAUAUUCUGCUUUCACAUAAACCCUCACAUUUUCUGUACUUUAAAAGGACAUAGCUGUAUGAUAUACUUGUGCUUAGAAGGAGAUGGUUAUUACCAUAAGAGGGAGCUUCCUAUAUAGGAGCCAUAUUCAAAGGUCAUUCCUGGGAUUGUGAAUGGUGAUUUCAGUGCAAAAAAUACAUUCAGCAGUUGCCUCUAGUUCCUUUGGUUUUACAUAUGCUGGAAUAUUAAGCAUUUCUUUACUUCCACUUAAACAAUUGCCACUCUUGGAAAAAAUGAAAUAAAACAACACAUUCAAUAUAAACCACAGAGUAUUUUAGUAUCUGUCAACUUUUGCAUCAUGAAGUUAUUUUCUGAAGUGUCAAAAA